AUGGACAUUGUCGCAGCACUCGACACGCUUGAGUCUCUGUCCUCUUCGACAUCGACCUCAUCGUCCGGGCCUCUACACGCGCUUAUCGACACCCAUUUCGCCCAGGCCAAAGAGCGCAUACUCUCGGGUGAUGACCCCAAGACCGUCGUCGUGGACCUGCAGAAGCUAGUCCAGAAGAGCAAGAAGGAAGUAGAUAAGGGCCUGAAAGGCUGGUAUGGUGCACUGGGGAAUGUUGGGAAAGCAGUAGACAAGACCUUCCCACCGACACUGGGAGUCAUCAGCAAAGCGUACGAGAGUCCGAAUCUGUUUGUGGAUGAAGAAGCUUCUGUGGCUCUAGACAAGGCCGUGCUCGACUCUCUCGGGCGGAGAGGUCUGUGGGAUGCCGUCGCAGCUCUGGAGAAGGAGACAUCCCUCAAAUUUCCAGAGGAACAGCGUGCUCUGGCCUCUCAGCUCCAAUUCCUCACAGCCUCCAUCCUCUCCUCCAAUCUCACUCCCGCGCUGGAAUGGUGUGCAACCAACCAACAAUUCCUCGCCUCGCCUCCCCAUCCUUCAAGCUUGCCCUACUAUCUCCACCGAGCAGUGUUCCAAAGCAUAGCAGACAAGAAGGAAGCGAUAAUAUAUGCGAGGCAGCAUAUGAUGGAGUAUCUGCCGACAAAGCCAGUCAUGAAGAUGAUCACUUCGCGGUUAUACGACCAGUUUCCGAGACGGAGCGAAGACAUAGAAAUGGCUGAUUCGAAAGGCGAAACAAAGGUCACAAAUCCUCUUUCUGAUGAAGACGCUACAGACUUGGCAGCCCUGGUCAGCUCGUUCCGCCUAGAAUUCCAUCGACUCCAUCAAUGGCCCAAAGAGGAUCCUCUUUCGGUCGCUGUAGACCUCGGCUCGACGGGCGGUGCCCUCAUGGUGAUAGAGAAGGCGAGAAGGGUCAUGGGCGAACAUUUGGGGCAUGUGCGGCAAUGGACAGAUCUACCAAUGGAAGUGCCGCUAUCAGCUUCCAGGAGAUAUCACUCUGUUUUUGUGUGUCCAGUGUCAAAGGAGCAAGCAACGGAGAGCAAUCCUCCCAAGAUGAUGACUUGUGGACACGUUGUCGCGUCAGAGAGCUUUGACAGGUUACUCAAGGGAGGACGGCGGGAUGUCAAGUGUCCGUACUGCCCCAUAGAAACCGCUCAAUCAGCUGCACAGAGAUUGUACUUUUAG